UUUUAUCGUUGUCUAAGUUUAGAUCUUGGCUCUCGGGCAGCUUCUCAAGUAACAAGGCGGCGGUUUGCCUCUGGCCGCGAACGCGCGGGGGCUUUUAACGGGAGACGACCAGCAGAGCCACCGGGAAGUGGCAGGUCGCUGGAAGAUCAGGAGGAGGAGAGAAGAGGAGAGGGGGAGGGGCCUCUUCACGCCAGGUGAUAUCAUAGAACGUCUGUGACAGAAGACACAGGCGGAGAGGAGGCGGGAGGAGAAGCACAAGGCGGACUACUUUGUGUGGAAACAUCUCCCCGCCGUCUCCGCUUUCCACCUGGACGAUGGCCGAGGAAGCAGAUGGGAGAGGCGACCUCCCUCCGACCCCCGGGUCGGAGCUACAGGCCCCGCACUUUCUACAAGACGUCAUCUUCCACGGCAAGUUUAAGCUGCUGAAGGCCCUAACCCCCCAGGAGAGCUCGCUGUGCCAACACGGCCUCUUCUUCCUGGACGGUCAGCGGCGCGUGGACUACGUCCUCAGCUACCCCUCCAAGAAGCCGUCCUCGGGGCGCUCCGGCCGACAGGCGACCCACCUGCUGACCGAAAACGCCGUGGCCCGCAGCCUCCGGCGCGGCCCCCAGAGCCGCGAGCGGCACAUCCCACAGCACCAAGGACAAAGGGCAAAGGAGCCUUCGGGGGUCGACGUGGAGCUGGGCUGUCCAGCAGAGACCCUCAAUGGCCACGAGGAUCAAAAGAUUCUCCGCAGGGAGGAGUUUGAGGGGAAACUGAGGGACAUGGGGUUGGAGCUGGAGAAAGACGAGGAGACCAAGAUUUCCGGGGUGAGCUUUGUCAAGAUUCAUGCUCCGUGGAACAUCCUCUGUCGAGAGGCUGAGUUGAUGAAGCUGAAGAUGCCCACCAAGAAGGUGUAUGAAGUCAAGCAGUUACGCGGUGUGGUGGAGAAGAUUAGCUCCCUUGUCAGUAAAGUCGUUGAACCUCUCCACCCUCAAGUUGAGGAACACCAACCGAAGAACAUCAAACACCUGUCACACACUUUCUCCAGAGAGAAACAGCACCUGUUUGAUCUCUCAGACAAAGACUACUUCUUCGACAGCAAAACCAGGAGUUCAAUAGUUUUUGAAAUACUAAAAAGAACAAAAUGCAAGGCCAAGUACAGUAUGGGGAUCACCAGUCUCCUGGGUCAUGGCGUCUACACAGCAGCUUAUCCUCUACAUGACGGAGACAUUAAUGAGGAAAACGCAGUCCCCAAUGAUAGAAAGCUUUUGUAUGAAGAGUGGGCGAACUAUGGUGUCUUUUACAAGUACCAGCCCAUCGGACUUGUGAGGAAGUACUUUGGUGAGAAAAUCGGCCUGUACUUUGCCUGGUUGGGUCUGUAUACCCAGAUGCUGAUUCCUGCCUCUCUAGUGGGGGUCAUUGUGUUUCUUUAUGGAUGUGCAACGGUCAAUGACAACAUACCAAGCAUGGAGAUCUGCAACACAAUGAACAACAUCACCAUGUGUCCUCUGUGUGACCGCGUGUGCAGCUACUGGGAGCUGAGCUCGGCGUGUGCCACCGCGCGGGCCAGCCACCUGUUCGACAACCCAGCCACCGUUUUCUUCUCCAUCUUCAUGGCGCUGUGGGCUGCAAUGUUCAUGGAGCACUGGAAGAGGAGGCAGAUGAGGCUGAACUACGAAUGGGACCUGACCGGCUUUGAGGAUGAGGAGGAAGCUCUGAAGGACCACCCGAGGGCCGAGUAUGAACUCCGGGUCAUGCAGAAGUCUACGAGCAAAGAUCAAAAAGCACAGCACAAGAUUAAAAAGCUCACAUGUCAAGACCGCCUGCCAGCUUACAUGACUAACCUUGUCAUGAUGCUGCUAAUGAUCGGUGUUACGUUCGCCAUUGUGUUUGGCGUGAUCCUUUACCGGAUCUCCACCAAAGCUGCCCUCUACAUGAGCGCCAAUCCAGUCACACGCAGCAACGCGCAGCUGACGGUCAAAACCACCGCGGCCAUCAUCAACCUGGUGGUCAUCCUCAUACUGGAUGAGGUGUACGGAGCUGUGGCACGAUGGCUCACCGUGUUAGAGGUCCCUAAAACCGACAAGAGCUUUGAGGAACGACUGAUCUUCAAGACCUUCAUUCUCAAGUUUGUCAACGCUUUCACCCCCAUCAUCUAUAUUGCUUUCUUCAGGGGAAGACUGGUCGGCAGACCAGGGAGCUACCUGUAUGUGUUUGAGUCCUACAGAAUGGAAGAGUGUGCUCACGGAGGCUGUCUGAUGGAGCUGUGCAUCCAGCUGAGCAUCACCAUGUUGGGAAAGCAGCUAAUUCAGAACAACCUUUUUGAGAUUGGCGUACCCAAGCUGAAGAAGCUGAUUCGCUACAUUCGGUCGAAGCAAGGGGCUUUUCAGGAAGAAGAGAGACAGAAGAAGCUGCAGAGAUACGAAACCGACCACUUCCUGGAGCCGUUUGCUGGCUUAACGCCGGAAUACAUGGAAAUGAUCAUCCAGUUUGGCUUUGUCACGCUGUUCGUGGCGUCCUUCCCCCUGGCCCCGCUCUUCGCUCUGCUCAACAACAUCAUUGAGAUACGACUGGAUGCCAAGAAGUUUGUGACUGAGCUGCGAAGGCCGGUGGCAGCGAGAGCCAAAGACAUUGGUAUAUGGUACAACUUACUAAGAGGGGUAGCAAAUGUGGCCGUCAUCAUUAACGCGUUUGUCAUCUCCUUCACCUCAGACUUCAUCCCUCGGAUGGUCUACCAGUACAUGUACAGCCCCGACGGCUCCAUGCACGGAUUUGUCAACAACACGCUGUCCUACUUUAACGUCAGCCACUUCCAGCAGGGCAAAGAGCCCAUGGACCCGCUGUACCUCGGCCACCCCGUCCAGAUGUGCAGGUAUAAGGACUACAGAGACCCCCCCUGGUCAACCACUCCGUACGAGAUCUCAAAGGAGUUCUGGGCCGUGCUGGCGGUCCGACUGGCUUUUGUCAUUGUUUUCCAGAACGUCGUGAUGCUCAUGAGCGACAUUGUGGACUGGCUGAUACCGGACAUCCCCAAAGACAUCAGCCUCCAGAUCCACAAGGAGAAGAUCCUGCUGGUGGACCUCUUCCUGAAAGAGGAGCAAGGCAAGGCCGGCAAUCUCGAGCGCAGGUCCUGUGUGGAGGGAAAGGAGAAUUGGAGCAGCAGCAACAACAACAACAAGCACAGCAGCAGCACGGCCGCUCAGCCCCGCUCGGGUCUGCACACCAACAGCACCAACAGCCUCUAGUGCUACAAACAAUCAGCUGUUCCUUCUGCGGAGCACAGCCCACGAGCCGAGUCCAACCCAAACUGUGUUGUUGUUCUUUUUUUUGUUCAGAACAUUCCAGCAGCCACAUGCACGUCGCAAAGUGUCCCAAUCGACACUUUUUGCACGCGUAGCAGCAUUUGUGAAUCCAUUCACAGAUCAGUAAAUUAGCAUGAGGAUUUGAGAAAAUGUAGAAGAAGAAUGCAUGCUCAGUGUCUGUAAAUAAGAGUAGUUGGAGGUAAGUCUGAUUUGGAACUUGUUUAUUCAUCUCGCCAGAUGCCCUGAUUGGACACAUCAAAGAGAAGUAAAAGGAAAAAUAAGAAUAAUUGUUUCAACACAUUCUCAUUCCUCUUCACCUACGGACGCUUGGACAGAAUCCCUUCGCACCUCUUUUUGGUUGGAUCAUCAGUACCACGCGAUGUGAUGUCAGGUCCACGGAACGAGACACGGGGCUGGUUGUGUGCUCACUGCCCGGUGGUCGCCUCUCGUCCUCCAUGUGCGACCAAUAAAAAGGGCUUCAGAUUUCACAAUAGCAACAAUUUGCCUUCAAGAGCUGAAGAAAUAAUUUCCAUUUCGGACUUCACAUUGGCGCCGCGGCGUAGUGCAGCGCCGGUAGCUACGCGGUGUUACGUGUACAACGCAACGUGCACUUUUUCAUGUAACCAAUGGGAAAUGUCUCAUUCUUGUAUUUGCCAUUGUAUCUCGGUAUUAGUUCUCUGCAGCUGUAGAUUGGUAUUUUUAUUAUUGAACACAAAUACUGAAAACUAAAAAAGACGUUACUCUGCAGAAAUGCUUCUAACUACGUUGAAUUUGAAUCGCUUUGGCGUUGCAUCCCGCACAUCCUCUUGUUGUGAGUGAAGCAAUGACUUGGUCUCGCCUGCCUAAUAAAAGGAGGAGAGGACGGGAAAUGUAUACUCUCAAUAAAUAUUGUAUUUCUAUAGCAUCUUGACUCAGGACAGUAUGUGUAUCUGGUUCAAUCAUUCACUCAGCUCACUCAGAUAGAACCUGAGCUACAGAAUGAACUGUUAACGUCGACUAAAGCUCUACAGAGGGAUGGUGGCAAAGUGAGGUUUACAGACGGCUUGUACAUCAUGUAGGUUGUAUUGACUUCAAUGUAAAAGCAUUGUGGAAUCAGCCGCUUUAAAAUGUUAAAGAGAAAGCUUUCAACCAGGGUUGAGUACGACGUCUCAAAGUGUUUUGUGUACUUUUGUACAUUUAUUUGUUUCCCAGUUAUUACUAUAUAGUUCGAUUGUCAGUGAUUCCAAAGCACACAGUAGUUUAUGAUGGUCAUUAUUACAUAAAUAUAUAAUUAUGGAACAUUAAAGUGAAUAUAGUAAUGAUUUGUGAAUUUGAACGAAAAAAAUAAAAUUUUGUUUUUCGGUCGGAA